AUGCGCUCACCAACUGGGCAUAGGCUGGUGGUGUCAGAUAACUUUUACACAAGACACACAUUCGCUCAUGCUCUGCUAAAGUAUACUGACGGCGAGAUGCAUUUACUGGGAACGGUGAGACUAAAUCUGGUGAGCAAACCUGCAGUCAAAGCAUCCAUCGAGCGAGUGGAUGCUAGUGAGCGAGGCAGCUGGGAAUUGGUAGGUGAAGUGAGGCUAGAGCCUGGUUGGAUGGAGAAACAGAAGAAGCAUCAGACGAAUCAGCGUCGGUUGCCGAAGGCACAGCGAACCACUUACGAUCCGGUUAUUGUCCAGCCGAGAAGGCUGGAUACGUCAUUUACAAGGACAAAGGUUAUCUUCUAUACCAACGAACACCUUCUCAACCUACUCUCCCUUCUACGUCUCCUGAGGCUGUGUUGUGCUGCCAUGGAGCUUACCCAAUUCAACGGUGGACUGAAGACCGCAUGA